AUGGUUGGCCGGGACCCGAGCUUUAAAAAGGAACAGAGAUGGAGGUCGGUGCAAUGCAGCGACUCUGGAAUCUCAACCGUACCUCUGGAUAUCCCCGCUGACACGGUGAAACUUCGUCUGGAAAAGACCCUGAUUAGCAGGGUGCCCAGAGCGGCUUUCUUCAACCUGUCAGAGCUGCUUUUCUUGUGGCUCACCUACAACUCCAUCACCAGCAUCCACCCCAGCAGCUUUGUGAACCUGAGAGCCCUGAGAGAGCUGCGUCUGGAUGGCAAUCUCCUCAGCGCCUUCCCUUGGGAGGGCCUGAGGGACAUGCCUGGCCUUCAGACUCUGGGUCUUCACAAUAACCGAAUAGCCAGCCUUCCGUCUCACGCUGCCGUCUUUCUUCCCAAUAUCACCUACCUGGACCUAUCCGGUAACAGGCUGACGACGUUGUCGGCCCAAAUGUUGGACCUUUGGUUCCCGCUUCUGGGCCAACGCGAGAAAUCGGUGCCGAGACGGAUUUUGGGUAGAAAGAGAAUCUUACCGUGGGGUUUUGUUUCAACUUAGCCGUCAGCUAAUCAUAGUCCAUUUUGCUGGCUGCUCACCCCAGGUCUCCAUGACAAUCCGUGGUUGUGCGACUGCCAGAUCUCCCUGAUGGCGUCAUUGUCAAUGUCCCCGGGGAGCCCCGUGGUUCUCAUGGACCAGCUGCUCACGUGCAGCGCAUCUCCGGGCGCUCCGUCCGGGAUCCCGCUGUCCAAAGCCCAGCUGCCCCGCUGUAGCAGACCCUCCGUCCGGCCCGCAGCCGCUCGAGUGGUAUCGCUGCUGGGAAGUCACGUCAUUCUCCGCUGCGACGCUACCGGCUACCCCACGCCGACUUUGACGUGGCUCAAAACUUCCAACUAUGCUGGUUGCUGUCGACGGGACGUCGCGGAUGACAUCCGAGCAAUCCCCAGCAGUUUGAAAAGUUCAGCCCAUUCUGAGUCGGCCGGCUUUGCCGUUCUAGCCAUGCAGGGAUCCCCUGGAGUCGGCGUGCGCUGGUCCAUCAUCAGCUUGGACGACUUGGCGCUCAAGGAUGCCGGCGAGUAUCGCUGCCGAGCUCGCAACGUGGCGGGAAUCUCGGAAGCUCCGGUUGAGCUGAAGGUGGUGGGAGCCGCGCGACUCUCCCGACUCCCGAGGAAGAAGUCCCGGAAGACUCCGCCCGAGCCCAAGUGGUCAUCCAACGGCAGAAAGUUCAAACCGAAUCAAAGUGCGUCUCUCCGGCCCAGGCUGAAAGACAAGCCGUUCCCCCGAGCAGCCACUCAAAAGAACCACACGCAGACAUUUGCCGUCAUUGUGUCCCAAUCGGUUCCCGUUUACCACAAAAGGCGCCAAGCAAUCUUCAGGAAAAUUAGCCCAAAAAAACCCCGCGUCUAUCGGACCUGACAAUUCGACAGUCACUAUGUCAAAGCCAAAAGUGUGACAAUUGCUCGCCACGGGGACUUUCAGUCUAGUAGGAAACGCAAUGUAUGUCUUGACACGUGAAGACCUUGACAACAAAGCAGACUUUGAAUUUGAAAUCAGCUGGCAUCCGCCCGAGCCCUAAGUGAGAAGGGGUGUGCGCACACAGGAUGGACAGACACUCUUUGUGCCAAAACAAAUAGUCGGGUGUCAGGGUGUCCAGCCUUCAAACAAGCAGAAGCAGGGGAAUGGUGUCCAAAUCUGCCGCUGGCUUCUGCGCUUCCACCCCGAAUCACGGUCCAAGCACCAUCAGUCAGCACGUUGUAACUUGUAAAUGUCACUUUGGAUUUGCCACCAAUUUUGGCCAGGGACUGCAGAUUGAUCGGUGCUGAGACUUUUAUGAGCAUCUGUGGAAAAGACGACCAAAUAAUAUUGCAGUAGGUGAGUCGGUCGCCGCAGCACGGCACAGCGCUGUCAGCACUCUCUUUUGGAAUGUCUUCCUUCUGUUGAUGAUUGAUUAUGUGAAGCAUGUCACAAGCGCAAUAAAAGAGCA